GUCGUCUGUAAAAAGAGAGAAUCGGAAACAGAAUUAGUUCCUGGCAACCACUUUGUUUAAUCAAUAUUUGUAAAAGAAUUUUUCAUUCAAGAAGUAGAGGAAGUUAAAACUAAUAUUAGAUAGUAAUUAUUUUCCCAGUUUUUGAGCAAAAUGGACGACCUACUGAGCAAAAAGAAAACGGUGGUCCCCGUCUUGGACCUUAGUCGUAGCAACAUCCAAACUAUCGAGGAGUUCAAGCGGCUUAUGGAAAAGGUUCCCGACUACAAAAUGCGGCCCGUGAAGGUGCGCGCCGAGGAGAUAAAGAUUCGCGAAAAGGACUAUGCCUUCAAAAUGCCCAAAAAGGAAAUGAGAAAGCUGAUGAAGGCCAACGGGGAGCGUGAGGCCAUGUACGUUUAUGCCGAUCCUGUGCCCGGCGAGAUGAAGGAUGUGGUCCUCAUGGAGCUCUGUGCCGUGCCCAUUGACUGGAAAAUGCUGACCACUCUGCGGCCCAAAAACAAGCAAGAGGAGGAAUACUUUAGCCGAAUGGUAGAGAUGGGAAAGUUGGAGCUUAAAACGGAGGCUAGAGAUCGUCGGGAGUUUGCGUUGAACAACUGUGUCAAGAAAAUCAAAAAUAAAUCUGGCAUUGUGGAAACACGUCUGAUGACCUGCGAGUCCUGCGGCGAGGAAAUGUGUUGCGGCAAGACUUGUGGCGAUUUCAAUUACGAUCUCUAUAUCCGAGUGGAGGCCAGAGUCGUUAAGCCAAAACCAGCGGUCAUAUCCUCCAACAAGGCCAAGUUAAAUGGCCGCAAAAAGUCAACGGUGGGUGGAGCCAAGGUCAAGGUGAAAAAGUCCUCAAAUAAAACCAGUUAAAGAGGAGAAAAAGCUACAAGAAAAUUAUCUAAAAAAUAACAAACUUUGAUAGGCUUUUUCCUAAAAAUUUAUGUCGGAACUUUUAUUUAAUUAACAUCUUUAAAGUCGCACAGCUUUGAAAUGUAUUGCUAAUUAAUCAACCAUCUUUAUAACUUUUUAUUUAUGCCAGGUGUUAAAUGAAACUAAAAUAUAUGACAAAAAUAAAUAACCAAGAAUGCGCUAAAGUAUGUUUCCAAAACUAUUGCUUAUUCUUUAUUGAUUUUUUAUUUAGUUUGUAGACACAUUCCAACAUGACAUGAAACAGCUUCAGAAAAUGUUGUAAAAUGCUUAAAUAAUGAUCACAACUCAAAUGCAAAAUAGUAG